AUGAGCCACCAAGCAGCCUGGAUCAAGGAGCAACAUGCCGACCUUGUGGUUGACAAAGCUCCAACUCCAACACCUGGCCCAGGCGAGUUGCUAGUCAAAGUCAAGGUCAUUGGCUUCUCUCCGCUCGAGGCGAAGAUACAAAAGCAGGGUAUGAUACCAAUUCCGUAUCCCAACGUCCUUGGUAUGUCCUUCUCCGGCAUAGUCGAGAGUGUUGGACCCGACGUGUCCGAGUUCAAGCCGGGCGAUGAAGUCGCGGUCGUUCGCGAUGGACCUAAAGGUGGCGAACCCCGUUUUGGAGCAUACCAGCAGUAUGCUCUCGCAUCACAGACUUCGACUUCCAAACUCCCUGACGGAGUCACUCUCGAAAGCGGUGCAACGUCCAUUCUCAACCUCGCUGCCAUUGCAACUGCGCUCUCAAUCUAUAUGGGUCUUGACCGUCCAUCGCUCACAAGCAAGGUGGAGGCGAACGGCAAGAAAAUCCUCAUCUACGGUGGUUCUAGCUCUGCUGGUGGACUCGCUACGGCCUACGCCACUGCAGCUGGAUACGAGGUCGUCACCACGUCGUCGCCCAAGAACAAGGGUUUCGUCCAGUCUCUCGGUCCGUCAACCAUCAUCGACCACACCCAGCCCGCCAAAGAUGUACUGAGCAAGAUCAAAUCCAACGGUCCAUACGAAGCCAUCUUCGACACCAUCGGUCUCCCAGACGUGACUGAAGUGCUGGCCGAGUAUUUGACUUCUAUUGGUGGUGGCAGCUAUAACUCGUUGCUUGCUCCCGACGGUCCAAUGCCUGCGAAUGUCCAACGCAAGUUCGCACCUUACAGCUUGUCAAUGGACAAGCCGGAAAACGCCGAGUUCAGAACAUGGUUCUAUUCCGAACUUGUGCCAAAGGGACUAGGCACAGGCAUCAUCGUCCCAACAAGGCCACAGUGGAUUAAUGGUGGGUUGGACCAGGCACAGAAAGCAUUGGACCUGAUGAUGGAGGGCAAAGUCAGUGGCAAGAAACUGCUGAUGGAUCCGAGCGCAUAG